CACGGGGAAGAGAGGAAAGGAGGGAAAGAGACAGGAAGGAAAACAGAGAGCGAUCAGUUCUGAGAUCCAGGAACCGGUUUUAGAAAAGGCAGAGGAGGAAAAGGGAAAUACAAGGGAGGGGGUCCCCCCAAAGAAUCCUUCUCUUCCUCCCUCUCUCCCUCUCUCUCCCUUCCCUCUCUCUGUCUCAUCUCCCCUCUCCUUCUGCCUCUUCCUCCUGCUUUAGCAGAACUUAUGUGGCUGGGAUGCGGGGCCCUCGGGUGUCAAAACUUUGAAGAUUAAUGGAUUACUUUGUUAAUGACUGCAGGCGUCAGACUGAGGUGCUUAAAUGAUUUGUGAGGUGCGAGGCGUCUUCCCGACAGUACCGAACAAUGCGCGGAGUGUGCGGGGGAGGCAGAGGGCAGCCUCCGGCGGGACCCGCAGCAGGGCUCACCACUCGCACGCACUCGCACACUCACACACACUCCCAGGCGCACACACCAGAUCCUUGCUGAUCCGGAGGCAGGCAGGCACCCUCGCCCCCACGCACGCCCAGGCAUCCCCACCCACACCCACAUAUACGUGUUUUUGCCCUGAAAAAAGUGUAAAUAAAGCCUCGCUGGCCCCCAAUGAGGCGUUCCUUCCCGACUUUUUUGGAUCAAUCAAACAGACAGUGGCUUCUUUUGAUUAAAGCCCAAAUUGUCAUUGGGCAGAAGCAAUCAUGUGACAGCCAAUUCGGUCCAAUUUCAACCUUGUCUCCAUGAAUUCAAUAGUUUAAUAGUAGCGCGGUCCCCAUACGGCUGUAAUCAGUGAAUUAGAAAAAAAACACCCCAGCAGCGAUCUUCUAUGAUAGAUUUUUUUUUUCCUCCGCGCUCGCCUUUUUCCUGGGCCUUGCCCCCCCAAAGCCCCUCCAGAAGAGGGAACUUUUUCUCCGAGGGGGCUCCAAGGAGAAGGCCAUGAAUUACGAAUUUGAGCGAGAGAUUGGUUUUAUCAAUAGCCAGCCGUCGCUCGCUGAGUGCCUGACAUCUUUUCCCCCUGUCGCUGAUACAUUUCAAAGUUCAUCAAUCAAGACCUCGACGCUUUCACACUCGACACUGAUUCCUCCUCCUUUUGAGCAGACCAUUCCCAGCCUGAACCCGGGCAGUCACCCUCGCCACGGCGCUGGCGGCCGCCCUAAGCCGAGCCCCGCGGGCAGCCGCGGCAGCCCAGUACCCGCCGGCGCCCUGCAGCCGCCCGAGUACCCCUGGAUGAAGGAGAAGAAGGCGGCCAAGAAAACCGCGCUGCCGCCCGCCUCGGCCGCCGCCGCCGCCGCCGCCGCCGCCGCCGCCGCCACCGGCCCUGCCUGUCUCAGCCACAAAGAAUCCCUGGAAAUCGCCGAUGGCAGCGGCGGGGGCUCCCGGCGCCUGAGAACUGCUUACACCAACACGCAGCUUUUAGAGCUGGAAAAAGAAUUUCAUUUCAACAAGUACCUUUGCCGACCCCGAAGGGUGGAGAUCGCAGCGCUGCUGGAUUUGACUGAGAGACAAGUGAAAGUGUGGUUUCAGAACCGGAGGAUGAAGCACAAGAGGCAGACCCAGUGCAAGGAGAACCAAAACAGCGAAGGAAAAUUUAAGAGCCUGGAAGACUCUGAGAAAGUGGAGGAGGACGAGGAAGAGAAGUCGCUCUUUGAGCAAGCCCUCAGCGUCUCCGGGGCCCUUCUGGAGAGGGAAGGUUACACUUUUCAGCAAAAUGCCCUCUCUCAGCAGCAGGCUCCCAAUGGACACAAUGGCGACUCCCAAAGUUUCCCAGUUUCGCCUUUAACCAGCAAUGAGAAAAAUCUGAAACAUUUUCAGCACCAGUCACCCACUGUUCCUAACUGCUUGUCAACAAUGGGCCAGAACUGUGGCUCAGGCCUAAACAAUGACAGUCCCGAGGCCCUCGAGGUCCCCUCUUUGCAGGACUUUAACGUUUUCUCCACAGAUUCCUGCCUGCAGCUUUCAGAUGCAGUCUCGCCCAGUUUGCCAGGUUCCCUCGACAGUCCCGUAGACAUUUCAGCUGACAGCUUUGACUUUUUUACAGACACACUCACCACAAUCGACCUGCAGCAUCUGAAUUACUAAACACAUUAAAGCAAAACAAAGCAUCACAAAA